AUGGGGCCCUACAGCAUCUCUUUGAAGAGCUAUGACAUGAAUUUGCUGGGGGAAUUCAGUGACUACAACGACAAUGACAACACCACAAGAUCCUACGAUGACUACUUUUGUCCGGAUACAGUCUCGUCACUGGCUAGCGAUCCCACACAUCCUUUCAAGAAGAUCUUUGUGCCCUUAGUCUACCUUCUGAUAUUCCUUCUGGGGACCUUGGGCAAUGCCCUAGUAUUGAUCAUCCUGGAGCGUUACAAGCGCGCCCGCACUACCACCGAGAACUUCCUCUUUCAUCUAGCCUUGGCCAAUCUGGUGCUAGUGCUCACCUUGCCUUUUGGCGUGACCGAGAGCUUGACUGGCUGGAUCUUCGGCACUUUCCUCUGCAAAGUCCUCAGCGCUGUCCACAAAAUCAACUUCUACUGCAGCAGCAUGCUGCUGGGCUGCAUCAGUGUGGAUCGCUACCUGGCCAUAGUGUAUGCUAUCCACACCUACAGGAAGCGCAGAGUCAGGUCCAUCCACCUCACUUGCCUGGCCAUUUGGUUCAUCUCCCUGGUGCUGACCUUGCCCGAUCUAGUGCUCAUGGAGGUCUGGUCAGACAAGAGCAACCACAGUGUCUGCAAUUUCCAGCAAGUUGGGAUUCAUGGCAGCAACAUGUGGCUGGCAACCCGCUUCCUGUAUCACAUUGUGGGUUUCUUCGUGCCCCUGCUGGUUAUGUGCUACUGCUAUACAGCCAUUGUGAGGACCCUGUGCCAGUCUCAGCGACUGCAGAGGCAGAAGGCUGUGAGAGUGGCCAUCCUGGUCACAGGGGUGUUCUUACUCUGUUGGAGCCCUUACCACAUGGUCAUCUUUUUGGACACGCUAGACAAGCUGGAAACCUUACCGAACGAUUGUGCCUUGGCCGACCAGCUGGGCACCAGCAUCAUGGUGACAGAGGUGAUUGGCUUCACACAUUGCUGUCUCAACCCCAUCCUCUAUGCCUUUGUUGGAGUCAAGUUCCGCAACGACUUCUUCCGGAUCCUCCGGGACCUGGGCUGCAUAAGCCAGGAGACCCUGCAGGAGAUCCUUGAUGUGACGAGGAAGAGCAGUGGGAUUGAGUCGGACACCAUCACUUCUGUCAGCACCUUCUAG